UCUGACUAAUUUAUUAUUGUUUUGUUUUUUGUUUAUUUUUUAUUUGCAUGAAAAGAACAUAAACGGGAAUUUUUAAGAUAAAAGCUAAAUGGGUUCGGCAGCAAAAUCUUUGCAGGAUUCUUUAAAAAAUAUCGAUAUCGAGGACUUACAAUAUGUGGAAACAGAUUUAUGUUUUUAUCAACUGGUAUCUUUGGGAUUCCUUUAUAUGGUGAUGACCGCACACGUAGUCAAUUUAUCUUACAAAGAUUAAUAAUUUUAGCACAACAUCCUUCCUCUGGCAAAGGCCUUACUGCGGGAGUAACAUCACUGGCCACCAGUGAUGUAUUAAGAAAUUAUGCCAAAUUGAAUCCUCAGAAUUGGAGAUUACAUAUUGUUGAAGCUUUAGCCAUUAUCAAAGCUAAAAGAGUGUUGCGCCGGUUGGGUUUAUGCUGGCUAGAAAUAUAUCAUCAAUUUUUACCUCAUGUGGCGGAAAUCAGUGUACACAUACACCCCCUACUUAAGGCGUUGUAUGUUCUAGCCGAACGCUUAACACCGGAUCAGGCCAAUCAGCUUAUACAGCACAUUAAUAAAAAAUAUCAAACUGAUAUUCAAGAUUUGCGUUUCUAUGAUUGUUGCUAUUUAGAGGUCUUUCUGCUAAACUGGCUGAAUAAACGUAUUAUAACGUUGGGCGAUCGCCAGCUUAAGGGCAGUAAUAUACAGUUGCUGAUAGAGUAUUUUAAAUUUAAUGAUAUGGCUGGUAUUAAGGAUUUGCUAAUAGAGACCAUAAAUCAAAAUUUGAAAAAUCCAGAAACUGAUAAUGUGGCUUUAGUGAAUAAUAACAAUAGCCAAGAUUCUGGUGUUUAUAUGUCACAGCAUAUGGUUGAUAGUAGUAAAACACUGCCUACUGUUGAUAAUAAAGAAACAGUUGUUCAGCCGCCUUUAGCGCAACAGUCAGACUUUGAUAGUACGGAACGUUAUUCAAUAACAAGAAAAAAUGCUGGUUAUGUUUUGAUUAUAAAUCAAAGUAGUUUUUAUAAGGAAACUGAUCCAAAAUAUCGGCAUCUCGUAUCAUUUAUGCAUGAUACCAUACCUGCACGUAAAGGCACUAACGUGGAUCGUGAUAAACUAAAGGAACUUUUUUCCUCAUUCGGUUAUAUACCAUUGUUAUAUGAAAAUCUUACACAUUUAGAAAUAUUACAUCAAAUACGAGAAAAUGUUAAGAGAAGUCUACUAAAAGAUUCCAUAAUUAUUUGCAUACUAUCACAUGGCAUGGAAGGUGUUGUAUUUGGUUCAAACAGUGUGCCGAUAGCUAUAACGGAAAUUAAGGAAAUUUUAACGGAUGACACUUUAAAAGGAAAACCCAAAAUCUUGAUAAUACAAGCUUGUCAAAGGAAUCUUUCUACGGUGGAUACUAAAAGUUCUUCGUCUAUAAGAAAUUUCUCUCCCGAUGCCUAUGCUGAUAUAUUACUGGCUAUGUCGUCCAUGCCGGGUACCGAUGCUUUGCGGCAUACUGAACAUGGCAGUUGGUUUGUGGAUGCUUUAUGUAAAUUUACACAAAAAUAUGGUGAUUGCAAACAUAUGAUGGAUAUUUUAACUACCGUUAUACGUGAUAUUUCCAAGCGUAAAGGUGAUGCAAAUCAAGUUAUGUUGCCCUCUACCAUUAGCACAUUACGUAAAGAUCUUUAUUUGCCAAGUAGGAAGUAAUAUACUAUGUAGAUAAGGACUUAAAAACACAUUUUUUAUACAUAUAUAAAAUAAUAACGAGAAAUGUUAAAGGAUUUUAUAAAAGUUAAAA